AAAUUAAGCAUUCCGUCAAAGCUAGUGAUAAGGUGCGACACAGGCAACAGAAUGUCUGCAUACAAAGGUUUUGAAUAGCAAUACCAUCUGAUAUACGAGACUGAUUUGUGAUUUUGAGUUUCCAUGUGCUAUCGACAAGUUUUCGGUAUGUUUGCACUUCGGUUUACGGCGGCUUUUAUGUCAAUAUUUCGGAAUUAGAGGAUCUUCUGUGCUUGCAUUCAUCUGGCACGUAAAAGUCCGAGGCAGCUGGCUGCGAAACGAAACGAUGACGUCACCCCCGAAGGAGUACACGGCCAUAUUACUGGCAUUAAUCGACAUAGAAAAGGACAUGAGCGCCCUCGGGAACGAAGACAGGAUCGCUAUUGCUAAAAUGUGCAAUGAGGCUGUAACGAAUAAGGUCUCGGGGCUGCAAUACACGCCGAAUGCAGAAAGACACACGGAAUACAUUGGAAAAAUCGAGGGCGGCUCCAUGGGGGUACAGAUUGUCGUCUCUCAGGAGGACUUGCAAGUACACUGCGAAGAAUACCGGGUGAGCCUCCUCAGGAUAGGCGACCUAAGAGUGAUGAUGUCCUUUCCGAGAUCAGAGGCCAAUCUGGUGGUCAUCGGGCGUUGCGAGAUAAGAGGGAAAACCGUGGCAUUUGUUUUUGAUCUUUUCUCAGACCAACUGGCACUGGAGUGUAUCCAAGAUAUUUCAAAGAAUUCCCUGAAAAAGGAAGAUAACGAUUCCUUCAGUCGGCAAAAGAAUAACCAGCCAACUGUCCAAAUACCAUCCAGUUUAAAUCCAGUAAUCAAAGGAGCCACCUCGUCGCCAUUACCCGUUGCUUUUGCAGCAGCAGAGGCUGCUCGGCACAAACAACAGGAGAACACUGCACGAAGUUCUUCAGUGUCUAUGGCUGCUUACUCAGGUUUACCACAUGAAGGCCAGUUCCCGCCAUCACACCAAAACUGGUUAAAGAAAUCAGUGACUGCCGUGGAUGUGCAGAGCACAAAGUCAUCACAAUCAGUGUCAACUCCGGAUACUUCAAAAUCAGGGGUUCCAAAGACACCUGACUUAAGUAGAGAUGGGAAGCGCGCAGUGUCAUUUCCAUUCAUUUAUGGUGAUGUGUUAUGUCGCCCUCUUCCACUGUCGACUGCAACUGUUACGCGUUCUCCUUUGAGAAAAAAUUCGUACCAAAUACCAUUUAAACCAGAUUUGCCUCCGUUACUACAAAAGCCUGUACCUUCAUCUGUUCUAAGCCAAGGCCAUCAGAUCAACAAACCCUCAACACCGCCGAAGCCUGACUUCGUUUUUAAAAAUCAGCAAGAACUGAUGGAAAAAAUAACAAAACUUCUGAAGCCACCGCCCUUGCAAUCUCUUCCGAAUACUGAAACUGAGAAUAUUUAUGAAAGCAUUGAGAGUGCAGAAGAACCGUCAUACAUACCAAUAAGCGGUCCCUCCCCGGCAGCUGGUGGUGUUGUCAGCAUAAAUGGUCCACCAGAGGCAAUAAAUCAGGAGCAUACGGUAAGCUCUCCUAUCAAUUGCAUGCAAAUACAAGGGCAGACUGCUAAGCAGUUGUCGGUGUUAACUGGAAAUAAAAUCAUUCCCUCUUCCCAAGCAACGACCAGCAUCAAAACAGGUGUACUUUCACCUACUAAUAUGCAAAAGCAAAGAGAACCCCCGUUAAAGACAAAGCCUUCAUUCCUCGCUGUAAACAGAGUCAAAGUCCCGGAAAAGGUUUGCGGAAGUGGUGUACAGACAGUUAAGGUAGAAGACGGAAGUAACGCUCCAAAGAGAGUAGAAGAAAUGAUUAGAAUUUUCAAUGAAAAUACUUUACAAAGUACUUCAGCAACCCAACAUCCUCAUGGUUCCUCUUUACUACUCACGGAAAAGAAAGGUUUCCAUCAGGGAAUACCCGAUUCACAAAAAGCUGAAGACAUGCAGCCUAGUGUUCAGCGGGCCUCUAAGGUCACAGACGAUUCCCACCAGAGUGACAACAGCAGUGAAUUUAGUUUUGAUUUAAACGUCGAGGAACAGGGCAUCGUAGCAGAUGGAAAUUGUCAUUCCCUCAAAAGUUUUAUCAACAGGUUUUUGAUGAAUGACUUUGCGUAUAUUGAAACAAUAGAGAGGAUAAGUAAUGCCAGAAAUUCACUUCCACCUAAGAUGAAAAUUCUACUACGAGGAGUCGAAAACUUAUACGAAACCCACGUUCGUAUGUACCAUGAUCUGAGUGCUAGUGGAGACUCUUGUACCAAGAUUGCUAAUGUGUUUAUUUCUAACAAGGAAAGGUUGGAAUUUUACAAAUACUACAUGCUGAAUGCUCCAGAAAUCUGCAAUCAUCUGCUUGAUCUUCCAGACACAGUGAAGGCAAACCAUCCACAGCUAGAAGACGACAUCAAAAGUACUUGGAAAAGAUUGCACUACUAUUACACGACCCUGGAGAAUAUGUUAUCUCUUUCUCAGGAAGAGGAAAAGGAUCCGAUCACCGUGGCCAUCUAUCUGAUAAAAAACCUCAACCUGCAAGCAGAUUCCGGUAUCCUCUUAGACUAUGUGAGGGAAGCUCCCUAUAAUUUGCACUUGAAAAAGCCCCUUCUUCUGCAUAAUUUGUUCAAGAUAAAGGGACCAAGCUUAAAAGGUUCAUUCUUUCACGCAUUGUUGUUCUCAGAAAUGAUCGUUAUAACCGCCCCUAGGGGGGACUAUUACGUCUACCAGAAGGACAUUUAUAUUCAGCAAAUAAUCUUUCGCGACAAAAAGCAGAGUAAUAAGUUUAUACUUGAAAUGGACCUUGGUCGCAACAAAAUCAAAGCGACCUAUACUUUUAAGACGAAUGAAGUGGGUGUAAAAGAAGCCUGGUUUAACGAAAUAAAAAGACUAAAAUACACAAUCGCAGAAAAAGAGAGAACAGAGAGAAAUAUGCGUUUUGGAAUAGUAAAUGUAUGAGAUCAAAGAAUUAGUUCAAUCCGUUUUCAUGAGACUAUUUUCUCCGAUGUGUGGGUGCCGAUGUGCUUGUUGCGCACGCUUUUGUUUUUGCCACACACAUUUACAUAUAUGUUUUACGUGAAGGCUGGAUUCUCCUUCAUGCGUUAAUUCUCAAGUGCAAGACGGAAACAGUUCGGAAAUAGAAAAAAUAAUUCAACCAAUCCGAAUUCACCGGUAUCAUUUUGCAUCCUUACAAAUCCAUGUAAACUAGAUAAAUGGUUCACUAGUGAUUCUCCUAGUACAUGCAAAAUGUAAAGGGAAGGACACUUCUUUGAAAACAAAAACUUCAAACGAAGGAAAGCAUUUCCUUUGUGAUGCGUCUGGUUAAGUUCAUAUGAAGAGCUAAAAAAUAUUCAUUUAACCGAAUAUACACUUUAUCUAAUAAUAUAAUUUGUUCCAGUGCCAAUGAUGCCUUGUAUACUUGUGUUUAAAAUGCUUCAGGCGUUACGACAAGAAGCUUACGUUUAUCUAUAGUGAUGGCAACAAAUCGUAUAUCGCAGACAUAUUUUAGUGUUAGCCUCCCUUCAAGGCCAACACAAAUCUUUAAAUUUUGAACAAGUGUAACUAUAUGCUAAAAGUUUAAAUGGACUAAAUACUCAUUGAAUGCUG